CACUGCCAUCAGGUGGUCAGUAUCUGCCUAAUAACGAUACAUGCGCAGGGGCUGCCCAACCCUUUAGGAAGUGGCUUUUCUGGGAGUUCCAGGAGCUGGGGCUGUGUGCUACAUGUAUGGCAUGUAUCUGCCCUGCCCGGGGCAAGUACGGAGAGGGUAAUCCCUCAUGCUGAGUAAGGAGGAGCCAGCUUGCCGGCAGUUUCAUAGUAGGGAGAAAACAUGGGGCAAUGAGCACAAUGGGAAGACCGUGACGCAAGCAAACAAUAAGGAGCAUAAAGUGCCUGCUGUACGGAGAGGGGACAUUGGGAAGAGGGAGCCAGUGGCACACCCAGUGUCCCAUAUCCAAGGUACAAUGGCAUCAGAAAAUACAGGUGAACAAGCAACAUGCAAAGACCAGUAUAUGGACCUUGAUGCCCCUGGGAAUAACCUUGAGCACUCAUGGCUUCAUCGUCACUGUGAGAUACCCACAACUCUUCAUCAACGAGCAAAGAAAACGGGGCGACUGUUCUCGGGGCUCUUUGGCUUGAAUCUCAUGUUCUUGGGAGGAACUGUGGUUAGCAGUGUGGCGCUGAGUAACAAGGCUGUGCCGGAAAGAGACUCGCAAAGCUUUCUGUGUAUCCUCAUGUUGCUCAGCUCAGUCUGGGCACUCUACCACCUGCUGUUCAUCCGUAAUCAAAAUGGCGCAGUUCACCAUGACCAUCAUGCGGGUGCAACGUGGCUAAAAGCCUCCCUUGCUAUUUUUGGGGUAUGCAGCAUCAUCCUGUCCAUCUUUGAGAUUGGCCACGCCUUGCUCCUGCAGAACUGUGAAAUUCUAAUGGAUAUCGUCUUCUUCAGCAUAGAGAUAGUGUUUGUCAGCGUGCAGACCGUCCUCCUAUGGGUUUCCUGCAAGGAUUGUGUUCAGAUGCAUCACAGUGUUACCAGGUACGGCAUCAUGUUGACACUGGCCACAGAUAUUCUGCUAUGGCUUACAGCUGUAAUUGAUGACUCUCUGGAGGAAGAUCUGGAAAUCUUACAAUCAAACUCAACACAAGAUGAAAGCAACGAAAUGGCACAAUGUCAGUGCCCAACUUCCAUGUGCUGGGGAUUAAAGCAGGGCUAUGUCACCAUGUUCCCUUUCAAUAUUGAGUACAGCCUGAUAUGUGCCACAUUGCUCUUUAUUAUGUGGAAGAAUGUUGGAAGGAGAGAGAAGCUUCAUUCCGAUCCUCCUCGGCAUACGUUCCAGCUGCGAGGAAUAAUAUAUGGACCCCUGAUAGGGGGAGCUGCUCUUCUGGUUGGGAUAUCUGUCUUUGUCCAGUACCAGGUUGAGGCAACUUCUGGGAUGGUGUCUAUUCUAUCAUAUCAUAUGUAUUACGGCUACAAGAUGAUUAUCCUGGCUCCCAUGAUUGUCUGCAGUGUUGUGGGUAUCAUUGCCCACAGCCUUCGAGAGAAGGAGAAGAAGGGUCAGAAGGAAACUGGCAGGAGUGACCAGGACUGGCUUCACAUGGAAGAUGUGGGAAGUGAAAACAAGAACACUGAUUAUAGCUCAGGGCAGUAUCAAAGCAGCCAGGGGGAUGAGAAAAUACAAGGAUACAGCCUGGCACAAUUUGCACUAGACAAUGAAAAGGAGAAGCUAGAACACAGGCAGGGGAACACCACAAAGAAGCACAACACCCACCAAGGCAAAAUGAAGAAUUACACCCGUAAAUUAGAUGUAACCCUGCUGUUUGUUUCAGCCGUGGGUCAGCUCGGCAUCUCUUACUUUUCAAUAAUAGCCACAGUGGUCACCACUCCAUGGACCAUGUUGAGUGCCCUCAACUUCUCCAACUCACUGCUCCUAAUUCUCCAGUAUCUGUCUCAGACAAUGUUCAUUAUUGAGAGCAUGAGGAGUAUCCAUGAGGAAGAAAAAGAGAAACCCGGACACCAUGAGGAAUCACACCGUCGGAUGUCUGUGCAAGAGAUGCACAAAGCACCCCCUUCUUGUCUGGAUGCUGGGCACCUAGGUCUAAGCCGAAGGGUGGUGAAGGAGAUGGCAAUGUUCCUGAUGAUCUGUAACAUCAUGUGCUGGAUCUUGGGCGCCUUUGGAGCACAUCCUUUGUAUAUGAACGGCUUGGAGCGGCAGCUUUACGGAUCUGGCAUAUGGCUAGCCAUCCUCAAUAUUGGCCUGCCGCUGUCGGUCUUCUACAGAAUGCACAGUGUGGGAAUCCUACUGGAAGUCUAUCUCCAUGCAUGAGGCCACAUUUCUCCCUGAGCCCCCAUUCUACUGAGAUACAGUGAUUCUGGGAUUUGUAAAUAGGAGUCUGAUAAUAAAGAAUAAAUCAUUUUUAUUGUGUCAUUUGCUGCUGAAGUCAUUCAAGGAGUUGCAUAAAUAGGAGAACUACAAAUAAUGUCCAUACUAGAGAAAUGGGAAAGUGUGACUCUUGCACCACUUUCCUUUAGCCUUCCAUGUUACAACAAUAGAGAGAAAUGUAUCUGAAAUAGAGACAUAUUUUCCAUCUAGAAAGGAAGCUGGUCAGCCUUAAACUGAAGCAUUGGAAGGGUGCAAUUGCAGAGCAUGGUGCCCCCAGACUGGUGCAGCCGGGCUCACAAAGUGAUCCCCGCAGCUGCACUUCUUACCUACUAUAACAGUAGAAAGUGUUACAUGGCAGGCAAUUUAAAGCCAAGAGUAUUAAGCUGAAUAAAUAACAUAUAUAUCGAUGCUUAUUACCUACAUUUUAGAG